GUUAUCAUCGAUCGCUGUCGCGUGACUGUAGCACGGCGUGUUAGCUUCAAUCUAGCGGUAUGAUUUUGCUAACUUCUAAAUAAUCUGCCGCUACACAAAAUGACAGACUACGCCGAAGAGCAAAGGAAUGAACUUGAAGCCAUGGAGUCCAUCUACCCAGACUCUUUCACAGUGCUCUCAGAGGAUCCCACCAGCUUCACCAUCACUGUAACAUCAGAUGCAGGGGAAAAUGGUGAAACUGUAGAAGCAACGUUAAAAUUCACAUAUGUAGGGAAAUACCCAGAUGAACCUCCACUGUGGGAGAUCCACUCCCAGGAAAACCUCGAUGACAGUGACAUGGAGGACAUUAUCACCUUACUACAGCAGCAGGCUGAAGAAAAUCUGGGCAUGGUGAUGAUUUUCACCCUGGUGACAGCUGUUCAGGAUAAACUCAAUGAAAUUGUGGAUGUGAUGAAAAACAGGCGAGAAGAAGAAAAACGGCGGAAAGAGAGAGAGGCAGAGGAGGCAGAGAAAGUGGAGUUCCAGGGCACGGUUGUAACCAUUGAGAACUUUCUGGCAUGGAAAGCCAAGUUUGAGCUGGACAUGGCUGAGCUGAGGAGGAAAAAACAGAAAGAGGAGGAGCAGGCAGGAAAACCCAAACUCACUGGUAAACAGCUGUUUGAGAGAGACCACAACCUGGACACAUCUGACAUUCAGUUCCUUGAAGAUGCUGGAAACAGUGUUGAAGUGGAUGAGUCACUAUUCCAGGACAUUGAGGACCUGGAUUUGGAUGAGGAUGACCCAACCUUUGAUCCUUUAGAGAUGGGCAGUGAUGAGGACUAAAGCAGGAAUAGGACGUACGGCUCUUGAUAACUAACAGGACCAUACUGCUCUUUUCCUUAUUAUGGUCUUUUGAACACACAUUAAUUGCAUAUAUUUACACUUACAUUUAUUACAUAUUACCUUUUCUUACAUUUAGGUGGAGAAUGAAUCUCUACAAAUACAGAACACAGCCCUGGGAGCUCAUUUAAAUGCAUGAACAAUCAAGUUACCCAGAACAAUGCUGUGUCUUUGCUCAUGUGCUGUUUGACACAGCUCAUUCCAGUGACAGAAAUGUUAUUUGUCCAGAAGAGAGCAAUAAAAUAUCAGUUGUGGUCAUGCAUUACUUUGCUGAAUUUAGUGAAGUGCUGAAUUUACAAUGUAUGCACUUCAUAGUGCUAUUAAAUGUCCAACAGUGGAAAAAA